AUGAUUGAAGAAUAUAUUAUAUCAUUUCACUUACACGAUUGUCUUAAUAUACUAUCAGAACAAGAUAUUCUAGGUUACUAUAGUAUUAAGAUAGAUUUCCUAAAACUCUUUGAAACUUAUCCUGAUGUCGGAGAUAAAGUUUUAUGUAGUCCAGUUAAUACAUUACCAGCUUGUAAUAAGGAUAUUAUAAAAGUACAGCAAAAUAUUUUAGAGAAAGAAGAGUAUAAGCCGCUUGUUCAAAAAUUACCAUUUACUUAUUUAAAAAGGAAUGUUCAUGCUAGGUUCUUUGGGCUGCCAGUUUGUCCUGAAUUGCAUAGGAAUAUAUUUCCUAAAAAUGUGGAUUUGGGAUGCUUUUUGAAAGUAACAGCUACUGUUGUCCGUGUAACACAAUCAAAGAUGUUAGAAUAUCAAAGAAAGUAUGUUUGUAUGAAGUGUAAAUUUGAAAACUGUGUUGAAGCAGAUUUUGAAAAUAGAUAUAUAUUGAGAGCACCAUCAAAAUGUGGAAACACAGAAACAAGAUGUAGAUGUUCAACAUUUACACAAGUCAGCCUAGUUUCUAGAGAGUUUUGCAAAGAUUAUCAGGAAAUUAAGAUACAGGAACAAGUAAACAAACUAAGUAUUGGCACAAUACCAGGGUCGAUGUGGGUUGUAUUAGAAGAUGAUUUAGUCGACUGCUGUAAGCCAGGAGAUGAUGUUAUUAUUUGUGGCUCAGUACGCCGUCGAUGGCGCCCGUCGUAUCAGAAUCGAAAAUGCGAAGUAGAAUUAGUUCUACAAGCCAAUUUUAUAGAAGUAAUAAAUGCGCAAAGAUCUCAAGUUAUAGCAAUGGCGCCAGAUGUGAAGGACUGUUUUGAUGAUUUUUGGACGAAAUAUGAACAAUGUCCUUUGAAGGGAAGAGAUCAAAUUUUAGCAUCGGUUUGUCCUCAGGUGUAUGGCCUUUAUUUGGUUAAGUUGGCAGUUCUAUUGACAGUUAUAACAGGAUCGAAUAACAUGGUGGAAAAUGAUAAGAAAUCAAUGGACGAUCACAACACUCAUGUUAGAGGGCAGUGCCAUUUGUUACUGGUUGGGGAUCCAGGUACAGGCAAGUCGCAGUUACUGAAGGCUAGUGCCGAGUUGACACCACGCUCGGUGUUCACGUCGGGCGCCGGAAGCACUCGCGCGGGGCUCACGUGUGCUGCACUACGGGAAGAAGGCGAAUGGCAGUUAGAAGCGGGUGCACUAGUUCUGUCCGACGGCGGUGUUUGUUGCAUUGACGAGAUCUCGCACCUGAGGGACCACGACAGAGCUGCGAUACACGAGGCCAUGGAACAACAGACUAUAUCUGUUGCUAAAGCGGGUAUAGUGUGUAAAUUAAACACAAGGUGCGCCGUCAUCGCCGCGUGUAACCCCAAAGGCCACUACCAGACCGACCAACCGCUAAGUGUCAAUGUGUCGUUGGGAACACCCUUGUUAAGUAGAUUUGAUCUAAUCUUUAUUUUGCUGGAUUCCAAAAAUAAAUCAUGGGAUAAAUUAGUUUCAUCAUAUAUAUUAUUUGGUGGUUCCAAUCAAAUGGAAACAAAAAAGAAAUGGAGUAUAGAAAAAUUACAGAUGUAUAUAGGUUUAAUAGGGCCAAGGCAAACCCAAAUGACGAAAUCAGCGAACACAAUAAUACAAUGUUACUACAUGAUGCAAAGAAAAUCGGAGUAUAGAGAUCCUUCAAGAACAACUGUAAGAAUGCUGGAUAGUUUAAUAAGAUUAUCACAAGCACACUGUCGUCUUAUGUACAGGAAAACCAUUUUACCUAUAGACGCUAUAAUUGCAAUUACAUUAGUCGAUCUUUCAAUGCAAGACUGCACUUUAGAAGACACAGCGGACGCAUUACAUUCGACAUAUCAAAAAUAUCCAGACUUUGAUUAUCUUUGUACUGCAAAAAAAUUAUUAACUAAAAUGAGUCUGUACGAUAUAUGGAGAGAUGAAUUGUUAUACUAUGGAAAAUUAAUGCAAGUUGAUCAUAAAACGUUAGAAAAUGAUAUAGAGAACAGCAACUCUAAACUAUUUGAGAAGUACGACGAUGUUACAGAUGAUAAUAUACCUCUAUCUGCAUCUGUAGUAACAAGUUCUUAUUUCAAUAAUAAUAAGAAAAAUAACGAACAUCUUAAAGAUAAAGAGAAAUCAAGUAAUCCUAUUAACGAUAAAUUGGCGGCUACUUUGAAAAAACACGCGACUCUCAAUAAAAUUCAAAAAGACCCACCUGUUAAUAAUAAAAGAAAAUAUACAAAACGUAAACGAAAGGAAGUUAUCAUUGAUACCAGUAAAUUUUCAAGUGAUAAAGAGAAGGACAAGAAAAGGUCUAAAAAAUUUCAAAUUGACUUUAAUAUGUCUGACAGUGAUGAUGAUUCAAAGAAUAAUUCAAAUAAUGUUUCCAUUUUGAGCAAAGAUGUAGAAGCAGAUAACUUCAGUAACAAUUCUGAAGUAAGUAAUGGAAUGCAAGAAAAGGUACAAUUUCAGGUAGAUGACAAAACCAACAUAGAUAAUAAAGAAAUUGAUCCUAAAACGAAAAACACUGAUCGUGAACAGGUUGACAAAAGUAAAAAUAAAGUAGAUAAUAAAGAAAAUCGUUCUGAAAUGAAAAACACUGAUUGUGACAUUAAUAAACUAAAUGAUACUUCAAAAAAGAAAAUUGUACGAAAUAAAGUUAAAAAGAUAUCACCAGUUUCUUCAAAAAGAUUAAGAAAAGAAGCAACAGCUGGACGCAACAGUAAUUUGAAAAUUAAGAAAAAGAAAGUUAAAAUAAUUGAUCAAAUAAAAUCAGAUAAUGAUAAUGGUUCUAAUGAUAGCGAGGAAUUUAACACCACAGAAUUGCUUAAGGGCAUUCCGAGUGUAAACGAUGAUUUAAUGAAAAUUGGAAUCGAUUUUAAAAUCCAUAGCGAUGAUUCAAAUAUCGAUUUUGAUGAUAUCGAUUUACCUGCAAAUGUUAGUGAUGAUUCGAAACAAACAAACAUUAUUAAUAAAGAAAAGUUAAAUACAACUGCAAAUAAGUUAAAGCAAUUUGAAUUUUCAGCAAAUCAUGAUUUGGAUAAGUUUUACAAGGAGAUCCCUCAAAAUAAUGUUGCAAUAUUACGCAAGAAAGAUAGAACUCAGAGUAAUUCUUGUAUACAAAAACAAUCUGCGUCCAGCUCGCAAAUAUCCAUGUUUGAGAGUUCCGACUGUGAUAUAGAUUUAGAUAUU